CGCCCGCCCACUCCGAGCCGCGGGGCGGCCGCAGAGCGACGCGGAGCCCCGCCGGCGCGGACCCCGACGACGCCCUCCGCGGAGCCGCCCGGCUGCCCUCCGUCCGGAGCGGCGGGCGGCCCUGCAGGCCUCGCCUCUGCUGGGACCUCAGAGGCCCCUCCACCUGAAAGCCCGCUCGCGGACGCCAUGCGGGGGGCUCCUUCGCCCUGGUCGGUGCGGCCGCCGCUGCUGCUGCUGCUGGUGCUGGGCUGCGGGCCGCGGGCGGCCGCCGGCGGCGGGGCCGGAGCGGCGGCGGGAUACGCGCCGGUGAAGUACGUGCAGCCCAUGCACAAGGGACCCGUGGGGCCGCCCUUCCGCGAGGGCAAGGGCCAGUACCUGGAAAUGCCUCUACCGCUGCUGCCGAUGGAUCUGAAAGGAGAGCCUGGCCCCCCUGGGAAGCCCGGGCCUCGGGGCCCCCCCGGCCCUCCCGGCUUCCCAGGCAAGCCAGGCACUGGGAAGCCCGGGCUCCACGGGCAGCCUGGCCCCGCCGGCCCCCCCGGCUUCUCCCGGACGGGCAAGGCCGGGCCCCCGGGGCUCCCGGGCAAGGCUGGGCCGCCAGGGCAGCCAGGGCUCCGGGGGGAGCCAGGCAUCCGAGGGGACCAGGGCCUCCGAGGCCCCCCAGGGCCCCCUGGCCUCCCUGGACCCACUGGCAUUGCUGUUCCUGGGAAGCCAGGCCCUCAGGGGGUCCCAGGACCCCCGGGAUUUGGGGGGGAGCCAGGGCCCCAGGGGGAGCCUGGGCCCCCAGGUGAUCGAGGUCUGAAAGGGGAUAACGGGGUGGGCCAACCAGGGUUGCCUGGGGCCCCGGGGCAGGGGGGUGCCCCCGGACCCCCUGGCCUCCCCGGUCCAGCUGGCUUGGGCAAACCAGGUUUGGACGGGCUCCCUGGGGCCCCAGGAGAUAAGGGCGCAUCUGGCCCUCCCGGGGUGCCAGGGCCCAGGGGGGAGCCAGGGGCGUUCGGCCCCAAAGGGCCCCCCGGGAUGGAUGGGGUGGGGAUUCCAGGGUCAGCAGGAGUGCCAGGGCUACAGGGCCCAGCGGGGGCCAAAGGGGAACCGGGGACCCGGGGCCCGCCUGGCCUGAUAGGCCCCACGGGCUACGGCAUGCCUGGGCUGCCAGGCCUCAAGGGGGACAAGGGCCAGGCUGGGGUUCCAGGGCUCUUGGGGGACAGGGGUGAGCCGGGUGAGGAUGGGGAACCAGGGGAGCAGGGCCCACAAGGCCUUGGGGGCCCCCCCGGACUUCCGGGGUCUGCAGGGCUCCCUGGAAGACGUGGGCUCCCCGGGCCUAAGGGGGAGGCAGGGCCCGGAGGCCCUCCGGGGUUGCCUGGCAUUCGGGGUGACCAGGGGCCCAAUGGCCUGGCUGGGAAACCUGGGCUCCCAGGGGAGAGGGGCCUUCCAGGGGGCCAUGGACCCCCUGGGCCGACUGGGCCCCAGGGCGAGCAGGGCGUCCCGGGCCGCCCCGGGGGGCCGGGGGCGGCAGGAGCCCUGGGGCAGAAGGGUGACUUGGGGCUCCCCGGGCAGCCCGGCCUGAGAGGCCCCUCAGGAAUCCCAGGACUGCAGGGCCCGGCCGGCCCCGUGGGGCCCCAGGGUCUGCCAGGCCUAAAGGGCGAACGGGGCCUGCCAGGGCCCCCCGGAGAGGGCAGCGUGGGGGAGCCUGGCGUGGCCGGGCCCACGGGGCCCCCCGGGGUCCCGGGGUCCCCAGGACUCACAGGGCCCCCGGGGCCUCCGGGGCCUCCGGGCCCCCCUGGCGCCCCGGGGGCCUUCGACGAGACGGGCAUCGCGGGCCUGCACCUGCCCAGCGGCGGCGUGGAGGGCGCCGUGCUGGGCAAGGGCGGCAGGCCGCAGCUCGGGCUGGGCGAGCUGGCGGCCCAGGCCACGCCGGCCUUCACCGCGGUGCUCACCUCGCCCUUCCCGGCCUCCGGCAUGCCCGUGAGGUUCGACCGGACCCUCUACAACGGCCGCCGCGGCUACAACCCGGCCACCGGCAUCUUCACGUGCCCCGUGGGCGGCGUCUACUACUUCGCCUACCACGUGCACGUCAAGGGCACCAGCGUGUGGGUGGCGCUCUACAAGAACAACGUGCCCGCCACCUACACCUACGACGAGUACAAGAAGGGCUACCUGGACCAGGCGUCGGGCGGCGCCGUGCUGCAGCUGCGGCCCAACGACCAGGUGUGGGUGCAGAUGCCCUCGGACCAGGCCAACGGCCUCUACUCCACCGAGUACAUCCACUCCUCCUUUUCAGGGUUCCUGCUCUGCCCCACAUAACCCGCGGGCCCCGCUGCCCUGCCUCCUCCUGCGUAGUGGUAGAGAGACCUUCUCACGUACAAGGAACCUGCAUUUAAAGAAAAAAAAAACCAAAGGCCGAACAGAGGCGGGAACGGAGGCGGCCAGGCCCAGGCCGUGGCCUGGGCCUCUGCCCGGGGAGACGGACCUGGUUUCUCCCUCCAUGCAGGCGGAGGUUGCUUCUGGAAGAGGCCGGCCCGAGUGUUCCCCUCCCCUCGGUGUCUGUGCAGUGUCGGGGUGGGGACCCCAUAUCUGCCCUGCCUGGCCUGCAGGCAAGGCCCCGGGGCACUUGGUCCAGCUGUGGGAGACCCCGCCCCCCGCGUCCUGGGCUGUCCUGGGGGUGAAACGCUGCUUCUCUGUGCGUCAGAGCUGAGGGGACGGAGCUCCCCGUCCAUCCCCGUGGGGGGACAUGUUCCCAAGCCCUGCCCUUCCUGCUGGCCCACAGGUGGCACCUGCUCAAGGCAUGGAGCACGGCCUCGCUGUUAUUGGCCGGGGCUCUCUCAGCUCCCUGGGACCUCCAGCAUAAGCAGUGGGCCCCCUGAAGGGUUUAUUUCCUUCCAGGGGGAAGGGAAGGAGGGGGCCAUGUGGACCCUCUGCCAGGCCUGCAGUCCCAGGGGUGAGGCGGUGGCAUCAGGCAUGUGGAGGUGUGUGGCCCCUGCUGCAGGCUCCUGGGAAGGGCCACCCCCUCUCCUGGUGCCAGCCGCAGCCACGGGGAAUGGUGGUUUGUGAAGGGUGGGGUUGGGGCUGGGGCAGGAUGGCAAGCCUUCGCAUGCCUUUCCAUCUCCUCGGCUGCCCCCACCAGCUCUGGCUCUGCUCAGCAAGAGGGCAGCUGCCCAGGCCCGGCGGGAGGGGCACAGGCAGUCCGUUCACCCCCUGGGGGGAGGGCUGAUUUUCUCACAAAGUGUUAAGGGAUCCUUGCCACCCCCCAACCUAAGUGACCCCAAAACACAGCCUCUCGUGUAGCCCUCAGAACAAGGUGCACACAAGCUCAGGCAUGAGACUCCGCCUGCUUUUCCCUAAUGAAAACCACGUGUGUGUGUGAGUGUGUGUGUGUGUGUGUGUGUGUGUGUGUGUGUGUGUGUCUACUAAAGGGUUGGCCUGGGGGGCCUCCUCUCCUCCCACCUCUGGUUCCAAUUUCCUGUUCUGAGCAGGAUUAGGGCCCUGGAGGCUGAGGCUGCCAGCAGGCCCCUUUGGAAUGAGCUGGCUCUGGAUGUGCCGCCCUUUCCCCAGCCAGAGCUCCCCUGCAGGAAACAGGCCGGUCUCCCUUCCCUUCUCCCCUCCCGCAGCGCCUAGUUCGAGCUGAGUGGAUGAAGCUGGGAUUCGGGCUGGGGCAGGGAAGGUGGACACUUGCCCGUGAAGGACAGCCACUCUCCCGGUGGCUUGGGGCCGCCCCCUCAGCCCUCCCGAAGCCAGCCCCCCUCUCUGGACCAAGUGUGAGCCUGUUGGUCAUCGGCACCUGGUUGCACGGCUCGGCCUGGCGGGGCCAGAACGUCCAGUUGAGAACGGAGGGUGGAGGGUGGAGGGUGACUGCCGAUUCUGACUCGCUGAGCUGUGGCUCCCCCAGGCCCCUGGCCGGUCGGUCCUCUUCCCACAGCAAAGCAGACUGUUUGACUGCUCAUGCUAAUGUUCAAGAGGAAAAAUGAAAACCCAUCUGCCCGAGUGACACACUAAGAACAGGCUUUGGUAAGGUCCACAGUGGGGUUCUCACUCCCCAACACCCAGGAGAGCUCUCACACCGCACCUGCAGGCCUUGUGCUCAGCCCCCUCCAGGGGCCAAGGCCCCGCCACCACCUGACCCCCCGCCGCCACCUGACCCGUUGGGGAGGGCUCCCCACGGGCAGAAAUUCACCAGCUCCCAGUGAACCCGGGCUCGGAGGAGGAUGUGGGGAGCCACAGAGGCUGUUCCAGAGUUUGUGCUGAGUCACUCCGGCAGCCUGUGGAAGGGGGGCCGGUGCUUCGAAAUGCCACCUCCCAGGUGCUGUCUACCUAACUGGCUAGCUUUGGUAAACGAUGUCCGGUUUUAACAUGAAAACCACAUUGUGCAUUUUUAUAUUCUGAUUCCUCACUUUUUUUUUUUUUUUUAAGGUUAAGGUUUUAAUAUUUCCCAUUUAGUGAUUUCAUUUCUAACCUGGUAGAAGCAGCUUAGUUCUCUGCAUACCUAUGAAGUGCCCUGUGUCACAGAAGAUUCAGAACAAUUGCACUGGGGAAUCAGAGAAAAUGGGGCUUCUUUUUGAAAAGAAAAACAGCAUGGACUGUUGACACGGCCUCAAUAAAACCUGUUGUGUAAAA